AUGCACAAAAAGGACCGAAGCAAUGUUCGGUCGCUUUUCCGGUUCGCAUUGGCGGCCCAUUUCUUGAUCGGAAUAUUUUCAGCGGACUCAUGCUCAAGCGAGGACCAAUGCCAUCUACCAGAUGAUGGGGUUUGCUUGGCAAUCAUACUUCAGCCUGAACAUGCAAAGGAACUAGCAGUGCGAGUCGCGCAUAUUUUGCAUCAUCAACAUUUCCACUUUGCGCAUGUUUACUUGGCAAUUGACACCCAUGGGGCACCUGUCCCAAAACCACUUGCAGCCCAUGCAGAAAAACUGGUCCAGUCACAAAAACUUCACCACUGGUUCGCCGUGAACUACACCAAGCAGUAUGUCACUGCGACCAAUGGCACUGCCAACUUUGAUCCUGAAGAGCAUCCACCUGACAAAGGUUGGAAGGAGCGCCAUCGGUCAGUGGAUCACAUGGAAUUCAACCAAGAUUAUGAAGAGGAGGUUCAAAUGGCCCAUUAUUUCGUUAUUGACAAGUGCAAACAGAGAUACUUGGCGAUAAUCAACCUCGAGGUGCUGUGGAUGACGCAAAACAACUUCUCCUGGAUUCAAGCAGGCCUGGAGCUCCUUCGUCGCAAUGAUGGCCUGGUCCUAGUGAUGCCUGCCUUCCCAGGCGUGGAGCUUCGAAACCUUCGGAAGAUCAGAUCUCGACCCUGGACCAAGAGAAUCGAAAAGACAUACAAGAAGCUUGAGUCUUCAGAGUCUUCGAUUGAGGCUGAGGACACCACAUGCGAUCACCCCUACACGUUGCCCGGAUGGGUGAAUCUGCUCGACCUGCAGAGGUACCAGAAGCUGGGUCCCCGCCAGAAGGUCAAGGAACAUCGUUGCGGUGGACAACUUGUGAAGGGAAAGAAAUGCACAUCCUUCGAAUACAUCAGAGGCUGCGGAGGCAUGAGGCAUUGGGAAUAUGCCCUGGAGUGCGUGAUUUGCAAUCGACCCGACUUGCGUCAGGCCCAUUUGACCAACUGGCACCUUGCGUGGGCACAAAAGGCACCUUUGCUUUGCUUCCGCUCCGAAGUGGCCGAGAUGGUCGCCGGCAUGGAAGCUGUUCAGAACGGAUCGAUGAUUCCGGCAAUGGGAAUGAACUUUGUUGCCAAUUGGACAACAAACUGAGCUAGUUCAGGCAGGAUGUCCGAUAGAAGAUAGGUGAGUAAACUUACAUGAUCUAACAUCAAAUAUUUGGGUACUGGUUUUAGGCGCUGUUUUUGACGCCUAAAACCCAAGUUUCUAUGGUUUCUAUGGUUUCUAUGAUCACUCACGAAUGAUUGUUUGAGGCUUCAACCCGAACAGGCAGACGAGUUACCCGAAGAGCUGCCCAGCUCCAUCCUGCGAUGGACUCCGACGUGCGACGUGCGACAUGUUUUGGGCCCUUGAUGGCGAUGGCCAGCGUGGAGGUUGCUAUGGAUGCAGGGAAUCCACAGAUGCCAUCGUUGUGUUGACUCACGAAGUGGACAGCUGCGCUGAUGAGUUUCACUCCAAGGUUGGAAACCAAUUCCAAGUUGAGGUAAAACGCUUCGAACGUGUUCUGACUUUCCUGUUGGCAAUGCUGGUAGACAUCUG